AAAACCAGUCCAUCAGUUAAACUAAGUAUGCAGUCACAGUGCUAUGGACCGCAGUGCUCCGACAUAUCCUCAUACCAAUGGAUACUUUAUGAACAAUACCCAUCUGCCACAAAUAAUGACACUGUUUGGAGGAAAAUACAAGAUUUGCAACUUAUCACAACUACAUCCCUCGAUUCUAGCAGUAUUGUAAUCAAAGAGGACUCCCUUAAUGGCGGAAAGAACUACCGGCUGGCAUUGUUUGUUCAAACCAUGGACGGUCAACAAGGAAUGAGUGCUCACGAUAUCUCCACCGCAUCACUACCUACAGGGGGAACAUGUUCCAUCACUCCAUCAAAUGGCACCUCACUGAAGACUGUUUUUAACUUGAGCUGUAGUGACUGGGAAAGUGACAGCACCCCCCUGUCUUACUUGUUUCAAUAUCAAUUACAGAAUGGUCUACAUGGGCUGUUGUACAAUGGCUCUAGUAGCAGUGUUAACUCAUGGCUGCCAUCUGGAAAGCUGUCUUGGAAUUAUGCUGUGAAGGUCAAUGUCACGGUGACUGAUAAAAAUGGCGUGUCUGCUCCAAGAGUUCAUUUGCCUGUGCAGGUUGAACCAUUUCCAGAGCUCUUGAGACCAGAUCAAAUCAGCAGACGUAUAACAGCAAACGACAGUGAGUUUAAUAAUGCAAUCAAAGAUGGGGAUCUCAACAAGGCAGAACGAUUAGCAAAUGCAAUCCUUCAAGCAAUUUUAGAGGAUGCUACAAUGGAUUCAACCAAAAAAUCCAAGGUAAUCAAUUAACUUUCGCUAAAUUGCUGCUACAGUGUACAUGCAGUUUUUUCUGUACCAUAGGUUCAAAGUUAUCAUUUCAUCUGGACUACGAGUAGUCCCUCUUUUGCUUAGGCUGUAUGAAAUAAUGGGGGCGAGAAGGACUUCUCCAUCCCAGGAUUUCACGCGGCCAUUUUUUU